AUGGGUGAAGGAGAAAUGUGCAGAAAUGGGGGUUCCUUCCAGCCUAAAGCAGCUUUAAAGGUGUUGGCUCAGUGCCUUUAUUAUCUUAAAGCCUGUUUUGGACUGAAGGGAGCUCCUAAUUCUUCUCUUUCUUUGUUGUUUUUCAUGGUUCAUGCAAAUCGAUCCAGACCAAAAGUACAUGGCUAUGUGGGCAAGUUCAGUGGAAAACUUUUCUUGUUAUGCACUUGUGAGCUUGUCUCCAAGGAGCAUCACUUCACCUCUGCUAGAAAUGAUACUUUUGCUCCAUGUUAUGUUCUUAAUUACUCGAGUUUGCAAGAAUAA